CGCGCUUGGCCGGCGCCCCCGGAUUUUCCAGCGCCCGUCGCCGCAGCCUCCUUCCUCCUGCGGCCGGGCGCCGGUGGAUGCUGAGGGGCAGCCCCGCGCCUCUCCCGGCGGAAUCCGGGGCCUGACGGCAAGGGAGCGGCGCUCCGGCCGGGCCGGGGGCCGUGGCGCUGGAGGGGCGGCGAGGCUUGGCGGGGAGCCGCCUCUGGGAGAGCUGAGCCUUUCCGCCCCAACCCGCGGUUCGCGUGACCCGGUCCCGCAGCCAGCGCGGGGACCGUCCCGGGGCACGCGGCUCCCGACUCCCCGCACAGUUCCAGAUGAUCAGUGCCACCUGUGCCCUGGAAUUCCAUUCUGUGUUCCUGCCCCAGGUGGCCACCCUUCAGCCCCAGCCAGGAAGAGGCUUUCAGCCCUCUCCAGGUCUGAGAAAGCCCUGGUAGGCGGCCUGUUUGGGAGCUUCCUCUGUUCCAGUCCACUUCUCCAGGGCCAGUAGAAACAGACACCAGCCAGGAUGCCGAGGAAUCAGGGCUUCUCUGAGCCCGAGUAUUCGGCUGAGUACUCUGCAGAAUACUCCGUCAGCCUGCCCUCUGACCCUGAUCGUGGGGUGGGCCGGACCCAUGAGAUCUCCGUCAGGAACUCGGGCUCCUGCCUGUGCCUGCCUCGAUUCAUGCGACUGACCUUUGUACCGGAAUCCUUGGAGAACCUCUACCAGACUUACUUCAAAAGGCAGCGCCAUGAGACCCUGUUGGUGCUGGUGGUCUUCGCAGCCCUCUUUGACUGCUACGUGGUGGUCAUGUGUGCUGUGGUCUUUUCCAGUGACAAGCUGGCUCCCCUCGUUGUGGCUGGGAUAGGGCUGGUGUUGGACAUUAUCCUCUUCGUGCUCUGCAAAAAGGGGCUGCUCCCUGACCGAGUUACCCGAAAAGUGGUACCCUACGUGCUGUGGCUGCUGAUAACAGCCCAGAUCUUCUCCUACUUGGGCCUGAACUUCGCCCGUGCCCAUGCAGCCAGUGACACAGUGGGCUGGCAGGCUUUCUUUGUCUUCUCCUUCUUCAUCACACUGCCCCUCAGCCUCAGCCCCAUCGUGAUCAUCUCUGUGAUCUCCUGUGUUGUGCACACGCUUGUCCUGGGAGUCACUGUGGCCCAGCAGCAGCAGGAUGAGCUUCAGGGAAUGCAGCUGCUGAGGGAGACGGGGAGCCGGGACUGCAUGAGAACCUGGCUUCCAGGGACAUCCCAGAGCUUUCUGGAGAAGAGGCCCCACAGAGAAGUGACUUGCCUGAGGUCGCACAGAGAGGCAGUGUCAGGGCGGUUCUGUGGUCUUCAGCUCCUGGCUGCGUCCAGUCUCCUGCAUCGUCGGGGAGCUGCUGCCCCCUGGCACACCGGCGUGUGUGGAGGGGCCGAGACCUGCCACAGGCCCAAGACAGAAGGGAGAUGGGAAACCCACAGAUUUUCCCACUGGUGCUGCCAGUCUCCAUUCAUCCUGGCCAACGUCUUCCUCUACCUGUGUGCCAUCAUCGUGGGCAUCAUGUCCUACUACAUGGCAGACCGCAAGCACCGCAAGGCCUUUCUGGAGGCCCGCCAGUCGCUGGAGGUAAAGAUGAACCUGGAGGAGCAGAGCCAGCAGCAGGAAAACCUUAUGCUCUCCAUCCUGCCCAAGCACGUAGCUGAUGAGAUGUUGAAGGACAUGAAGAAAGAUGAGAGCCAGAAGGACCAGCAGCAGUUUAACACCAUGUACAUGUACCGGCAUGAGAACGUCAGCAUCCUCUUUGCAGACAUCGUGGGCUUCACCCAGCUGUCGUCUGCCUGCAGUGCCCAGGAGCUUGUGAAGCUGCUCAAUGAGCUCUUUGCCCGCUUUGACAAGCUGGCAGCUAAAUACCACCAGCUGCGAAUCAAGAUCCUGGGUGACUGUUACUACUGCAUCUGUGGACUGCCUGACUACCGGGAGGACCAUGCUGUCUGCUCCAUCCUCAUGGGGCUUGCCAUGGUGGAGGCCAUCUCGUAUGUGCGGGAGAAGACCAAGACUGGGGUGGACAUGCGUGUGGGGGUGCACACAGGCACUGUGCUGGGUGGUGUCCUGGGCCAGAAGCGCUGGCAGUACGAUGUGUGGUCCACCGAUGUCACUGUGGCCAACAAGAUGGAGGCUGGUGGCAUUCCUGGGCGUGUGCACAUCUCCCAAAGCACCAUGGACUGCCUGAAAGGAGAGUUCGAUGUGGAGCCAGGUGAUGGGGGCAGCCGUUGUGAUUACCUAGAUGAGAAGGGCAUCGAAACAUACCUCAUCAUUGCCUCCAGGCCAGAGGUGAAGAAAACAGCCACCCAAAAUGGCCUCAACGGCUCGGCCCUACCAAAUGGAGCUCCAACCUCAAAGCCCAGCUCCCCUGCCCUUAUUGAGACAAAGGAACCCAAUGGGAGUGCCCAGGCCAGUGGCUCCACAUCGGAGGAGGCUGAGGAGCAGGAGGCCCAGGCAGACAACCCCUCGUUUCCCAACCCCCGCCGGAGGCUGCGCCUCCAAGACCUGGCUGACCGUGUGGUGGAUGCUUCUGAGGAUGAGCAUGAGCUCAACCAGCUACUCAAUGAGGCCCUGCUGGAGCGAGAGUCUGCCCAGGUGGUAAAGAAGAGAAACACCUUUCUCCUAUCCAUGCGGUUCAUGGACCCAGAGAUGGAAAUCCGCUACUCAGUGGAGAAGGAAAAGCAGAGCGGGGCUGCCUUCAGCUGCUCCUGUGUGGUCCUGCUCUGCACAGCCCUGGUUGAGAUACUCAUUGACCCCUGGCUGAUGACAAACUAUGUGACCUUUGUGGUUGGGGAGAUUCUACUCCUGAUCCUGACCAUCUGUUCAAUGGCUGCCAUCUUCCCACGGGCCUUUCCUAAGAAACUUGUGGCCUUCUCCACUUGGAUUGAUCGGACCCGCUGGGCCAGGAACACCUGGGCCAUGUUAGCCAUCUUCAUUCUGGUUAUGGCAAACAUCGUAGACAUGCUUAGCUGUCUCCAGUACUACACCAGACCCUACAACGGAACUGCAGGGAUGGAGCUGGAGGGAGGCUGCCUGGAGAACCCCAAGUAUUACAACUACAUUGCCGUGCUAUCCCUCAUCGCCACCAUCAUGCUGGUGCAGGUCAGCCAUAUGGUGAAGCUCACACUCAUGCUGCUCGUCACGGGUGCAGUGGCCGCCAUCAACCUCUAUGCCUGGUGCCCCAUCUUUGAUGAAUACGACCACAAACGCUUUCAGGAACAUGACUUUCCUUUGGUGGCCUUAGAGAAGAUGCAGGUAUUUUCUACCCCUGGGCUCAAUGGCACUGACAGGCUGCCGCUGGUGCCUUCUAAGUACUCAAUGACAGUGAUGAUCAUCAUCAUGAUGUUGAGCUUUUACUACUUCUCCCGCCACGUGGAAAAACUGGCACGGACACUGUUCCUGUGGAAGAUUGAAGUCCACGACCAAAAGGAACGUGUCUACGAGAUGCGACGCUGGAAUGAGGCCUUGGUCACCAACAUGUUGCCUGAGCAUGUUGCUCGCCAUUUUCUGGGUUCUAAGAAGAGAGAUGAGGAGUUAUACAGCCAGUCUUAUGAUGAGAUUGGAGUUAUGUUCGCCUCCCUGCCCAACUUUGCUGACUUCUAUACUGAAGAGAGCAUCAAUAAUGGUGGUAUCGAGUGUCUGCGCUUCCUCAACGAGAUCAUCUCCGAUUUCGAUUCACUCCUUGACAAUCCCAAAUUCCGGGUCAUCACCAAGAUCAAAACCAUUGGCAGCACCUAUAUGGCAGCUUCAGGAGUCACCCCAGAUGUCAACACUAAUGGCUUUUCCAGCUCCAAUAAGGAGGAAAAGUCAGACAAGGAGCGCUGGCAGCACCUGGCUGACCUGGCCGACUUUGCACUAGCCAUGAAGGAUACACUUACAAACAUCAAUAAUCAGUCCUUCAACAACUUCAUGCUGCGCAUAGGCAUGAACAAAGGAGGGGUUCUGGCUGGGGUCAUUGGAGCCCGGAAACCACACUAUGACAUAUGGGGCAACACAGUCAAUGUGGCCAGCAGGAUGGAGUCCACAGGGGUCAUGGGCAACAUUCAGGUAGUAGAAGAAACACAGGUCAUCCUCCGAGAGUACGGCUUCCGCUUUGUGAGACGAGGUCCCAUCUUUGUGAAAGGGAAGGGCGAGCUUCUGACCUUUUUCUUGAAGGGGAAGGAUAAGCCAGCUGCCUUCCCCAAUGGCUCCUCUGUUACACUGCCCCACCAGGUAGUGGACAACUCCUGAAUGGCCUCUGCUCCCAUGACAGCCCACAUGGAAAGGGAGAAUUUCUUUCUUUUGGAAUUGGAAGAAAGGCCUUGGGAAAGGGCAAUGACCACGUCCUGAUGUUCCUGAAUUACUGAAGUGCACACUCCCAUAGACUUUAAGUUUAAAAUGUUAAGCCUUCACUUGUCUGUGGAUAUGUCAGCUCUGAGGGUGGCCAUACUAUUCUUCAGUGUGCCUGUAGCUUCCCCAGAGUAGGAGUCUUAGGCGUAAUACUCGGAGAGUCCUUCCAGAGCCCUAGUUCCAACUCAGCCCUUCUUCCCCCAGAGAGGCCAUGGCCACUGUGAGUAAGAAUUCAGCAGAGGUGGAACGAAGCUGCCUUUGCCACUGGGCUGGGAGCACAGGUAUAGGAGCUUUGCUAAAAAGAGUAGGGCUUGGCAGAGUUAAAUACUGCUGGAGAAUGCUCCACUUCUACUGGAACCUGACAACAGUGCUUUCAUUGUGAAGAGAGCUCCCACGGAGACCUGACUUUCUUCAUAUGGUCCCAGUUAGGUUAAAUGGCCCUUGUCCUGAUGUUCCUGGUAAUCUUGAAAGGUUCUUCUGGAACCCCCAUCACCUUAGUUAUGAGAGCAGAAAGUGCAAUAUUUCCUUUCACCUGGUGGGGGGAGGGGGGUUAUUUCUGAAAGAAAAAUAUAUAAACAGAUCUUCUACAUUUAUAUUUUUAAUCUGUUAAAAAAUACUUUCCAAUAUUGCCUUGCCUUUUGAGCUCUUGCUACAGUCGCCUUUGCUACUGCUUUAAAAGAGAAUUUACAGGUAUUGAUAAAGAACAAGACUGUUUUAUUAAAAGCUUUACUCAACUUGAA